CUGGUUCCUACCAUGAUGGGCACAGGCCAGGCUACACCGCCGGGGGCAAGGCCAAGGGCUCCCUCUGGCCUAUUACCUAGGACCGGUACAGGACUUCGCCAGCCCCUGAGGAUUGAGGCCGUGAAGUCAGCUUCCCCGUGGGCGUCUCCCGCUUCUUGGUGUGGGAGCCACUCAGAGAGCGGGGGGAAGGGGCACUCCAAGGAACCACUCCUGCACACCUCCCUGACCUUUUCUGCUUCUCGCCCCCGGAAAGAUUAGUGUCCAGGUUACCCCAUCAUGCCGCCACCCCCAGUGGCCUUGCCGCCUCCACAGCCUCCAAGUAUAAGACCAGGUAAACCUCACGGGGAAGGCACUGAGAAUGGAGACGCUCCAGGGGCUGCUGCUGUGGCUGCUGCUGAACGUGGGUGGGGUGUGGGCAUCCAGGGGGCCACUACGGCCACUCUGCCGGCCCAUCAAUGCCACCCUGGCUGCCGAGAACGAGGCCUGCCCAGUCUGCGUCACCUUCACCACCAGCAUCUGUGCCGGCUACUGCCCCAGCAUGGUUCGAGUGCUGCCAGCCAUCCUGCCACCUAUGCCACAGCCGGUGUGCACCUACCAUGAGAUGCGCUUUGCCUCCAUCCAGCUCCCUGGAUGCCCGCCUGGCGUGGACCCCACGGUCUCCUUCCCCGUGGCCCUCAGCUGUCGCUGCGGGCCCUGCCGCCUCAGCAGCUCCGACUGUGGGGGUCCCAGAGCCCAGCCCUUGGCCUGUGACCGCCCCUCGCUCCCGGGCCUCCUGUUCCUCUAAGGAUCCCCCCUACCCCAACUCCUGAAGCCAGCAGAUGCUUCUUUCCUCCCCUCCUAAUAAAGGCUUCUCAA